AUGAAGGCUCUUAUUCUUCUGGCUCUGUUCGCAGCAGCAUAUGCUGCUCCCAUUGAGGAUGACAAGAUCGUCGGAGGCUACGAGUGCAGAAAGAACUCUGUGGCCUACCAGGUGUCUCUGAACUCUGGCUACCACUUCUGUGGAGGCUCCCUGAUCUCCAGCACCUGGGUGGUGUCUGCUGCUCACUGCUACAAGUCUCGCAUUCAGGUGCGUCUUGGAGAGCACAACAUCGCUGUCAAUGAGGGCACCGAGCAGUUCAUCAACUCUGCCAAAGUCAUCAAGCAUCCCAGGUACAGCAGCCGCAACCUGGACAACGACAUCAUGCUGAUCAAGCUGAGCAAACCCGCCUCCCUGAACAGCUACGUCCGCACCGUGUCCCUGCCCUCCAGCUGCGCCUCCGCUGGUACCAGGUGUCUGAUCUCCGGAUGGGGCAACACCAGCAGCUCUGGAAGCUACUACCCUGACCGCCUGAGGUGCCUGGACGCCCCCAUCCUGAGCGACAGCAGCUGCAGGAACUCCUACCCUGGACAGAUCACCUCCAACAUGUUCUGUGCUGGAUUCCUGGAGGGAGGCAAGGACUCCUGCCAGGGUGACUCUGGUGGCCCCGUGGUGUGCAACGGUCAGCUGCAGGGUGUGGUGUCCUGGGGUUAUGGCUGCGCCCAGAGGAACAAGCCUGGAGUCUACGCCAAGGUCUGCAACUACAACUCCUGGAUCCGCUCCACCAUGGCCAACAACUAAAGCAAUUAUUCUCCAA